AUGGACAUGUUGUGGUGGGAUUUACGUAAGGAGUUGAAGCGAAGACGCUGUUCCGUUCCCGGGAUUCCUACAUUCACGCGGACUGGCGUCAUGUCAGAAGCCGAAAUGAGAUGCCUCGACUAUGAGUCCGCGUUGCCAGGAAGAACUACAAUCGACGAGGAUUACAUGAGAGUAUGCAUGUAUGGUAGCGGAAGUGGAGAAAGCUACGGUAUCACCAAUACAGCCAGAUCCGUCAUCCGGAGAUUUGUUGGAGGCAUCCCGAUGAAUUCCGAAGAAUGGUGUUUCCUGGGCCGCAUAAAAUAUGGACGCAGGAAGUACUUCUCUUGCCAGGGAGACCCGGGGGCCAGUAUCAUGGGAAAUGAUGGCCGUGUCGCGGCGAUGCUGACGUAUGGUGCUCAGGGCGGUGACCAGGGCGGCAACACAGGCAUUCAUCACAUCUCGUAUGCGACGUCCAUCGGGUGGCUGUUGGAGGAUAUUCGAGGACAUGAGUAUGACGUGGAGUGUAUGGGCAGAGAAGUUCCUCUUGAACCUUUUCACUUCUGUGUAGAAUCUGAAAAUUGA